AUGGAUUAUCUAAACAACCGCGUUACCGCCAUUCGGAAGCGUUUGGCCCAUGCUCAGGAACGAGUGGUUCUUGCUCAGGAAACUGUUGUUGUUCUUACUCAAGAGUUGGACGAUAUCAUCCUGUCACGAGAUUGGCUAGCAACUCACUCUCAGACUGGGGAAGAUGUACAGCAGUACACCCAACUAGCAGAACAACCUGACCCUCUCCCAAGCAAGGCGUAUCUCCUAGCAGAUCCGGAUGAAGACGACGCUAUGAGCACCGAACUAGACUUUCGAUUUGAUCCAGUCGCAGGACUGCCCGUAGGCGACAAGGCUUUUUCGAAGAAUUUUCUGCGCACCAUGUUCUUCUCUGGUCAGAAAUACCCCCUCCGACAUUUCACUCUGCGCCACCCAAAAGCCGGCGCCUGUCCGAUCAAACAGCGCUGUGAGCACUGGCAACUAGUAGAGGAAAAUAUUUCGCGAAGUAAAUGGAAGUGGGACGUCGAUAUCCAGGUUACAGCUAUCCGCGCUGACUUUGUGGCUAACGGAGAUAGUGGCUACAGUGGCGUCAUGUUUGAUCAGGACGAAGUUGAGUCGGAGAAGAUGCGCAAUUUGCCUUGUCGGAUUUUUGGUUAUCUGCAGCCGGACUUUGGUGCCGUUGAGCAGAGAGGAUAUAAGGUUCUUGACUGGCAUUUGCAUGAGCCUGGUAGCGCGGGCUUCAUGGGGGACAGGAUUCAUCGUCUUAAAUUGAUGGAUCAGUUUGGGCGCCGAUUCUUUGAGAACCCUUAG